UUGAGAUUGGAUCUCUAGAUCACGCUUGCGGAAUCAGCGGAUUGAAGAGACACACAGUUCGUUAUAAUUUUUCUGUAGGUGACGGAUAAGAUCAGAUCCAGACAGAAAUGUUUCUGAACUCCAUUCUGGUGGCGGUAACUGACCUUACCGCCAGACUCCUGGGCAGCGGCUCCUUCCGUCGCCACUUUCACCUGCUACUGUCGGCCCUGGUUCUGUUCGGACCCGCCCUGAGCCUGUGGGCCUCCCAGUACAGCAUUUUUGCCAAAAAGAGCCACUUCCUGUACAGGAUGUUCCUGCGCUCGGGCUGGGGCUGGACCUGCGUCUUCUCCGGCUCCUUCGUCUUCCUCCUCUCCUUCUCCAUGCGCCGCUCCCUCACCCUCUCCCUGCGCCACCUGUCCCGGCUGGCGGUGGCCGGGGGGCUGUGGGCGGGGUUCAAGCGGCUACUGACGCUGCUCGGGGACGCCACGGGGAGCUGCUACGAGCGCCUCAGCGCCCCCCUGGAGGGCCAGCUGUCCCAGGCGGCGGCCGAGCCGGGCCAGCCCCUGCUGCUGCUGCGGGAGGGUGAGACCAAGGCCUCCUGCCUCAACAUGGGCAUGCUGUGGCGUGGGUAUGAGGUGUCCGAGGACACUUUCCUUCUCUGCCUCUGCUGCCUCCUCCUGGCGGAGGAGACGGCCGUCUUCGGACCCUACCUGGCCCUGGGCGGGCCCUCGGGGGCCCCGCUGCGCCUGCUCUUCCUCUUCUGUGUCUUCCUCCUUGGCCUCUGGGUCUUCCUCCUGCUCUGCCUGCUGGCCUACUUCCCGCAGUUCCCCACCCAGCUGCUAGGGGGCGCUCUGGGCUGUUUGAGCUGGAGGGGCCUCUACCAGGGCUGGUAUCGUAUGGGGCCCAGCUGGUACUGCCCUGGGCGACCGGGGGUGGGGCUGCUGACCAAGCAGUGCCGGAAAAAUGGAGGGAAAGUGGAUGGCCACAUUGGUGCUAAUGAGGUGGAGCCCAAUUAG